CACUAGUGUAGUUUGUGUGAAAGUUGAAGAUUUGCCCGAAGCCAUGGACAUAUGGCCUUUGGAGCCUUAAGUUCUGCAUAUUUGUAUUCGAAUCCUUCUCCAUUUGGAGGAAUCUGGGAGAUUGAUGCGAAUCUAGAUGCCACGCUCCCUGUCAACGAGUGCGCUUGUCAGGAGGCAGCUCCAGGUGUGAACUGGCAGAAGUUUCAAAAGGACUUGCGCGGCAACUUGCAAAGUGAUCCAAGUUUUUCGAGGCCGUGGGUGCAUGAGCUGUGCUCAGCUACGUAUUCAGCAUUCUUCGCAACUUCUCGAGUCGAUGAGGCAACUUUUCAGAUCUGGAAAAGCACUUGUGGCGCUGGACUCCUUGCCGUGGCAGCUGUGUGCAGCCAAUCUAUUGCACUGCAAAUGGCAGAUGUAUCUAGCCGAUGGCGCUGGACAGAGAGACCAGUGCAAGCGGAGGGCAGGGCUGUGAAAGACAUCCUGGAGGCAAUGCCAGCUGGGGACUGUUUGCGCUUAUGCGAGGAACACGAGGAAUGCGCUUCAGUUGCGCAUGGCCCCUUUGGAUGCCAUUUGAAAGAUAAGUGCGUGACUAGCGGAGAGCAGUUGGUGCUUCCCGGAGUGGCACCAGGCUACAGAACGUACUAUCAAAGAGGCGGGCCUUGCACUGCUGAAGAUGGGGUGGAGCCUGUCUCUAGCCCGCACCAUCUUUCUGAGAUCCGACUACUGAUGGACGCUGCAGUGCGGUUGCUCGACCAUGUCGUCCACUGUCUUGACAAAUCUGAUUGGCCCUUUACAAUUGAAGAGGUCCUUGCGAAUCGGAUGGAAUUCACUGCAGCUACGCUGCAUGCUCACCGAAAUGGCGAAUUUUAUUUCCGCUGGAGUCGCUCCCAAAGAUUUCUCCUUCCAGUCACAUGCGAUGCAGCUUCAAGAGCCACGGUUGGCGAUGCGGGUGCAGUCUGCCGUACAUUGAGCAGGUUGAUGAUAAGAUGGGUUCGAGGGCUUGAUUCAGAGGUUGGCUUUUGGCACGCCUUGCUGGAUCCCAGCAACGCCGAGAACCCCGAAGUUGACUUCUCGUCCUGGAGAAGUGCCCAGGACUGGCUGCUAUCAGGUGACAUUACUUGGCACUAUGGUGACAUUUGUACCUUUUUGGCAGCUGCUCGGGGUCACACUACGAGCUACGGGCGGCCAAGGGUACUGAAUGCAGGCUCUGGGCCCCUAGCACCAGGCCGAAUAGAUUGUGGUGACAGCGUCACCGUAGUAGCAAGCGACGGCUUGGCCAGAUUUUACCUCCAACUUUAUGACAUUCUCCAGCACGACCCACCAGUGGUUCCACUUCAGUGUCCAACGGAAGCUUUACACCACUGCUUCCCGCAACAUCAUUUUGAUGUAGUACAUAUGAGGAAUUCCUUGGAUCAUGCCAACGACCCACUCAUGGGCAUUUUGGAACUCAUCUGGGUUGCUCGGCCUGGUGGCUGGGUGCUGCUGAGGCAUGCUCGAAAUGAAGGCGUCGCAGGCCACUUUCAGCUUGGUCUCCAUCAAUGGGCGUUCGAUGUGGAAGAUAGAGCUGACGGGCGCCACUUUGUGAUUUGGAGCCCGUCUUUGCGAGUGGACGUCUCCGAUUGGCUUCUUUCUUCUGGCCUGGCGGCUGAGGUCAAGGCUGAAAGACGGCCACACCCGGCUGGUGGCGAAGAAGAGCUACCUGGCACUGCCGAUGGUUAUUCUUUUCUUUACUGUAAUUCGAGGUGUUCCAAAUGAAAUGAGAAAUGUGCACUCCAAAACCAGUGAUGGUGCACAUCCUUUCAGUAAUUCAGGUACAUAUUCGUGGACAUCCAAAAGCAGCUUCCUACGAGUGUGCGUGCAAUCGAAACUGG